AUGGAAACUAUUAAGAAUGCUGUUAAUGCUGCUGGAGAUAAAGUGAAUGAAGUGAUGAGUAAAUCAUCAGCAGAAUGUAACAAAGAAAAAGCAAAAGAUUCUAGCAAUACUGUUGGUGAACGUAUUGGUGCUGGUAUUGAUUAUUGUAAAGAUAAAGUUGAUGAAGCUAGUCAUGCUGCUUCGAAAGAAAUUAAUAAACAAAAAGCUACACAUUAA